CCCACUCCAGUAACAACAGGGGACAGCAGGGGACAACAGGCUUAAGCGGCAGCAGUGGAACAGCAGCCACCGAGGUAGGGGCUGAAGGGGAAGAAACAGCAGCCCUGAGCUGUGGCCGGAACCUUGGAGGAGCUGGGAAUCAGCCCACUGCAGAGAUGAAAGGAGAAGCCAGGAGUCAGCUGCAUGGCGAGAAGCCAAAGCAGGAAGGACACAUCUGGGGCUCCAUGAGGAGGACAGCUUUCAUCCUGGGCUCUGGCCUCCUCUUGCUUGUAGCCUUCUGGAACUCAGUCACAUGGCAUCUACAGAGAUUUUGGGGAGCUUCUGGCUACUUCUGGCAAGCCCAGUGGGAGAGGCUGCUGUUCACAUUCGAAGGGAAGGAGUGGAUCCUCUUCAUGAUAAGUGUCACCUACGUGCCUGCUCUGUGCUUCUGGGGCUUCAAUGGGCUUCUACUGGUGGUUGACACAACCGGGAAACCCAACUUCAUCUCCCGCUACCGGAUUCAGGUUGGCAAGAACGAUCCGGUGGACCCUGUGAAACUCCGCCAGUCUAUCCGCACGGUUCUGAUCAACCAGUUCCUGAUCUCCCUCCCCAUUAUGGUCCUCCUGUAUCCCACUCUCAAGUUGUGGAGAGACCCUUGCCGCCGAGAGCUGCCCACUUUCCACUGGUUCCUCCUGGAGCUGGCUGUCUUCACUCUGAUCGAGGAGGUCCUGUUCUACUACUCCCACCGGCUCCUUCACCACCCAAAAUUGUACAAGAAAAUCCAUAAGAAACACCACGAGUGGACGGCUCCCAUAGGCGUGAUCUCCCUCUACGCCCACCCUAUCGAGCAUGUGGUCUCUAACAUGCUGCCGGCGGUGGCGGGCCCCCUGGUAAUGGGCUCCCACUUGUCCUCCAUCGUCGUGUGGUCUUCCUUGGCCCUCAUCGUCACCACCAUCUCCCACUGCGGCUACCACCUCCCCUUCCUGCCUUCACCUGAAUUCCAUGACUAUCACCACCUCAAGUUCAACCAGUGCUACGGGGUGCUGGGCGUGCUGGACCACCUCCACGGGACUGACACCGUGUUUAAGCAGACCAAGGCCUACGAGAGACACAUCCUCCUGCUGGGCUUCACCCCCCUCUCUGAGAGCAUCCCCGACUCCCCGAAGAUGGAAUGAGAGGGGGCCUGGGGCCAUCCUGACUGUCCCCUCCGCGGCAGACUACCGGGUGGCCUGAGGCCUCCUGAUGGCACCUAAGGACUUGCUCAUUCGGCCACGCACUCUCUAAAGACAGCGCCAGGAGGGCAGGGGGCCGGUUGUUUCCGGGAGAUGUAGAUGUAGGCGAAGUCUCCCCCCACUGCCCUGGUUACCCCUCCCUCAAGGGAGCCCUAAGUUCGCUUAAAGGAGACCCCAGAUGACUCCUUGGGUAGGCAAGAUGGAGAGGAUGGCAGGUAGCAGCCACACUGGAGGUGACAUGGCUCCAGGGAGCCCCUUCUGCUGCCAGGGUGUAGGGGAACCAGUAGAUAGCAUGUUACCCCUUUCCUGUCCCCCAAACUUCUCAUGCCCUACUCCAGUCAGGGCCCCAACACCCUGGCUACAGUCACGGGGCUCAAGACCCCACUGCCCGUCCCAAACACCCUGAGUCAGUGACAGAGUUCCCAUUUUAUCUCUGACCCACUGCAAACAUACAUCAUCCCUCUCGGAAGGGAAAAAUACCGAUCAUAGAAACUCCUCCCUGGAUUACAACUGAGACACCAAAGAGGCGCAGGCCAAAUGCCAAUACCUUCAGCCCUACCUGGGGAACAAAGGCCAAGCCCUGCGCACCUGCUAAAAUGGGGGCCCUCUAACCCACAGAAAGAAAGGUCCGAGUUGCUGACCUUUGGAGACACUUGACUGGGGCCCCUCAUUAGCCCCAGAAGCAGGACCAGGGUCUAGAACCCUCUUCAUCCAAGGAGAAGGCAAGAAAGACACAGCUGAACAAAGGGCAAAAUCCUCAUUAUUUCCCCCUGUUGUUUCAACACCAUUUAUUUAGAAUUUUAGCCGGGGCACCUUUCCAACCGAAAUUUUACCAGGAACCUACCUUAUCUAAAACAAAACUACAGAGCUGCUGGGGGUGAAGCAGUCCCCACCCUGGCUCUUCCUCAGCAGACAGACUGACGGGAACCCUGUGGCUCCUGAGAACAACCUCAAGACCUCUCUGAUUUGAAGGCCACCAUUGUCAGUUACUACAGUCUUAUACAUACUUGGUGUCUGUUCAACUUUCAGUUCUAGUAGUCCAGGUAACCACCCACUGUAGCGCUAUACAAUACUUUAACACCUGAUAUGGCCAAGCCUCCAGGCAGAACCAUUAAAAAGGACUUCUUCCCAUCAGUCCCAGGACCCCAGAGAACCUGCCCAGUAGGCCAGCUGGGUGCUCACCAGUCCUCCCUGGCCUUUCAAAGCCCCACCCACCUCCAGCAUUUGUGCGCCUGGGCUCUCCCUAGGACGACUCAUACCCUUAGCUUGAAGUACAACUGCAGUGCAUUGACACAGCCGCUGGCCUGCACCCAUAACCUAUUCCUACAAAUAAACAUUUAGACAAUAGCCCGUCUUCAACAAGGGCAGGAAAUGAGUGAGUAUGGAGAAAGAGGAAGAAUGAGAACAUUUCUUCCGUUUAAGGUCUGGAGAGUAUGAAGUCUCUGCAGGGCGCCUAAGGGGACAAGAGGCUGUCCUUUCACCUGCGGGCAGGCGAGUGGUUGGGCCCUGCCAGCGGGGCGCAGCCUUACCCUCUCCUGCACCGAACAGAAUGGCCCUUGAGGUUGGUUCACAUCUAAGGCUCAAGAAAAGGCUGAGGCAGAGGAAAACGUGGAUGUGAAAGGAGGAAGCGUGGAAAAUAAACUGAGUUCCUUUAGCUGCAUUCGCUGCGUCAGUUUCUUUUCUCCGACAUUUGUUCCAACAGUCACGAUCAUGUGGCUUCUGGCAGCGACAGUGGUGCAGGCACAAUCAAAGCAAGCAGUGGCCUCUGGCACACAUGUCCCUAUCAGGCCACGGAAGCGAGGUUGAAUUCACUGCCUUCCUAUCCAAAUGAGUCUGCAGAAGCCCUGGCCACAAUCUCCUACAGUCUCUGGCCUACGGGGGCCAUGGGAGGUAUGAAAGCACCUGCCAAC